AUGGGGUGGCAGACAUUGGCUAAAGUGGCGCUAUGGCUGCCUGUGGGUAUCACAGUAAACGCAUUGGGCGUGAGUCUGGCAAGCGUGAAAGGCCGUUCCAUGCAGCCAGCACUUAACAAUGGACUCACGCAAGACACAGUGCGUGAUCGUGUGCUACUGGACAAGUUCUCGGUUCAGAUGCGACAUCGCUACAGGAGGGGCGACGUGGUUGUGCUCGAGUCUCCCAGUGCAGCGGGUGAGUACCUGAUCAAGCGACUUGUGGGACUCGAGGGAGAUCUAGUGACAGACCGCAAUGGACGACAUUGUAUGGUACCCCCGGGCAAGUGCUGGGUCGAGGGUGAUAACCCCACGUUUAGCGACGACAGCGACUCAUUUGGUCCCGUACCACUUGCACUUAUUAAUUCACGUGUGUUGGCGGUUGUGUGGCCUCCUAGUGAGAUGAAGAUUGUACGUGGAAAACUACCGGAUCGAGUCAACGGAUAG